AUGCGUUUUUCAGUCAGUAUAUUGUGCAGUUUCUGGCCUUUGAUAUGGGCCACGAUUAGUCCAUGCGCGAAGUGGAACACAUCAGGUGUCACAGUAGUCGGUAAGGGAGUAGGAAGUAUAUCUGACAGCUUCCAUGAUCAACUUUAUUUACCUCGAAGUAUUUUUUUCCACAAAAAAUCAAAUACAUUGUACGUGUCUGAUGCUGGACGCGUUCAAACAUUUCCACUAAAUGGAUCAUCGGCUGCAGGAAGUACUCUAACAAUGAAGUCAGUUGUAAGAAGGAUCUUUGUGGACGACGAUGAUGGUGGUCCAACACUAUAUGCCACCGUAGUUGAUUUCGAUGGUGGUCACGUCGAAAAAUGGGCUUAUGGAGCAUCACACGGAGUACAAGUGGGGGAUCAAUGUCAAGAUUGUAUGGGUGUUUGGGUUGAUCAAGAAAAAAAUGUCUACAUGACUGAAUACUUUCAACAUAGUGUACUAAAAUGGUCGCCUCAAACAAAUACUACAACAAUCGUGGCCGGCCGAACAAACCAGAGCGGAUCGACAGGCGAAUAUCUCGCAUUUCCCAAUGACAUCUAUGUCGAUGCAACAGAAAAUGCAGUCUAUGUAUCGGAUCUCGGCAAUCAACGGAUUCAAAAGUGGACGAAAGGUGCUCGAGAAGGGAUUACAAUCGUGGGACCAAGUAAGAUUACUGAAAAUAAUAAUUCUGCAUGGCUUAAGCCAAAUAGUAUAUGGAUUGAUGAAGAAACUAAUGUUAUAUUUGUCGCUGAUGGACUUUACAGUGGAAUAAAACGGUGGCUACCUAACGCAUCAACAGGAGAAAUCAUUGCUGGUGGCUUUGGUAUGUUAAGACAGAGUUUUAUCUCAGCAAAGAAAUAUGAGCUCUAG